AUGCCCCGCCCAGGGGACGGCGCCCCGCGCGGCGUCACACUCAUCCUGGGCAAUGGCGUUGGGCCCCUCACCACCUGUGCCGUGCGGCAGGUGAUGGAGGCGAUGCACGUGCCGGUCUACUUCAAGACCUACGAGGUCCACGAUGGCAUGCCCAUGGUGCCUACCGAGGUCAUCGAGUCCAUCCGCCGCAACAAGGUCUGCCUCAAGGGUGGCCUCGCCACAACCAUCGGUGGGGGUGUCUCCUCCCUCAACGUGCAGCUCCGCAAGGAGCUUGACCUCUAUGCCUCACUCGUCAACUGCUUCAACCUCCCCAGGCUGCCCACCAGGCACGACAACAUCGACAUCGUCGUCAUCAGAGAGAACACCGAGGGCGAGUACUCAGGGCUCGAGUAUGAGGUCGUGCCCGGCAUUGUGGAGAGCCUCAAGCUAAUGUAA